AUGGAAGCCUAUAAAAGCCAAAGGCUCGGGGACCGGCCGUCUGCUUCAGGUAGUCUCGUUGACGGCCUAGAGGAAAUUAACUUGACUCCCCGUUACCUGGAGCCAUUACAGCAUGCCCAGGAAAGCCACAAGCAGCCUACCACGACCGAGCUGGGAGGCAUUUCCCCAGCAACAGAUUGUUCUUCCAAGCCAACCUCUCCAAGCUACUCAGUUGCGGCUUCCUCCUGCCGCCGAGGUCCCAUUUUCAACACAGACGAUAUCGAAGAGCAGGACCACCCUGACAAGGAUGAAAACGACGAUCAAUACGAGGAUGACGACUAUCGUCGCUGGAGCCUUAACCCUGAGAAGCCGCGGAAGAUCUCAGAGAAGAAGCGUCAGGAUCACGCCAAGUUUCAAUCUUGGGUCGAAUCGAACCAAACCCAGGUGCUUGAGGCAGCCUCGAAGACGUCCAAAGGCCCGACUCGUGAGUCUGUUGCAUAUUUGGUGAGGGAGAAUGAGAACCGAAGGAUCAUCCAGACUCCUCGCGAGUAUCAAAUCGAGCUUUUCGAAAGAGCGAAGCAGAAGAACAUCAUCGCAGUCCUGGAUACUGGUGCCGGCAAGACUCUGAUUGCCGCCCUACUGCUUCGUCACAUGCUCGAGAAGGAGGUCGAAGACCGCGCACUCGGAAAGCCGAAGCGUAUUGCCUUUUUCCUGGUUGACAAGGUGUCGCUUGUCUUCCAGCAGCACGCGGUUCUCGAAUGCAAUCUAGAGCACAAUGUCGCCCGCUACUGCGGCGACAUGGUUGAAGAAAUGUGGUCCAGGGAGUUCUGGACCGAGCAAUUUGAAAAGAACAUGGUCAUCGUUUGCACUGCGGCGAUUCUGCAGAAAUGCUUGGUGCAUUCUUACAUUCGCAUGGACCAGAUAAAUCUGCUCAUCUUCGACGAAGCUCAUCAUACGAAAAAGAACCAUCCUUAUGCGCGCAUCAUCAAGGAUUUCUACAUCAAGGAGCCUGAAAAAGAAAAGAGACCUAAAAUUCUUGGCAUGACUGCGUCUCCUGUUGACGCUCACACAGACAUGAAGGUUGCUACUGCUCAGCUGGAGUGCCUCCUUCAUAGCGAGAUUGCAACCGUCUCUGAGGAAUCACUGUCUAUGAAUCCCAACAUGCGGAAAAUUACAGAGAGAGAAAUCCAUUAUACAGCUCUUAUGAGGUCGUUUGAAUCGGAUCUCGUGCAGAAAAUACGGGCUCUUGUUCGCAGCAACCAGCAUUUUGACAAGGAGCUGCAAUGGACAGAUAACGCCAUAGUUGAACUGGGUCCAUGGGUAGCUGAUCGCUUCUGGCAGCUUUUCCUCACAGACAACACGAUUGCACGACUGGAAAACAGAACAGACAUCACAUAUUCAGGCUGCGAUGGUAACGGCAAUCGGACAGCUGCUGUCCAGAAGCUUCGGGAUGUCAUCAAUGGCCACGGAUUCAGGCCUGCUACACUAUCUUUGGAUGAUGUAUCCAGCAAAGUCCUUCAACUUUGGGACGAACUGAAACGUCGCUACUCUGAGCCGACUGAUUAUCGGUGCAUCGUUUUCGUGGAGAUGAGACUCACUGCAGUGCUGCUCGCCGACUUGUUCAAGCAGGACGGCAUGAAACUGCCGCACCUCAAGCCGGCCGCACUCGUCGGUAGCCAGUCCACUGCGGGCCUCGCCAGCAUGUCCUUCAAGGAACAGCUCUUGAACAUCACAAAGUUCAGACGGGGUGAAGUCAACUGCAUCUUUUCCACUCAGGUUGCCGAGGAGGGAAUAGAUAUUCCUGCCUGCAAUAUGGUCAUGCGAUUUGACCUUUACAAAUCCGUCAUCCAGUAUAUUCAGUCAAAAGGACGCGCCAGACAACAGGAUUCAGAGUAUCUCUCCUUCAUCGAGAUGGGAAAUGGAAGGCAUAGUCGAGCGGUGGCGCAGGCUACGUAUGACGAGAAUAUCCUUCGCCGUUUUUGCAGCGCCUUGCCAGAAGACAAAAAGAUCAUGGGAAUAGAUAUCAACGCGAGUGUUAUGCAAGGAGAUUUGCACUACCAGACAUACACCAUCAAGGAGACCGGCGCGAAGCUGACGUGGAUGUCUAGCCUUGAGGUUUUGGCCAACUUCGCGUCUUCGCUGCGCCAGUCCAGCAAUGAAGUCUUGGCGCCUGAGUAUGUAGUAACCAACCAAGGACAGUACUUCAUCGCUGAAGUUCAGCUGCCGACGAAGUCUCCAAUUCUAAGCAAAACAGGAAUGCCACACAAGAAGAAGCAGGCUGCCCGCUGCUCUGCAGCAUUCGAGAUGUGUAAAGAGUUGAUCAAGAAGAAGUUCAUCGAUCUCAACUUACGCCCAGUUUUCACCAAGAAGCUACCCGCAAUGCGGAAUGCCCGUCUAGCAAUCAGCGCCAACAAAAGGGCAGAGUACAAGAUGCGUAACAAGCCUGAAAUAUGGUCUCGAGUUGGUCCUUUUGAUCAACUGUACGUCACGAUCUUGGCUCUCGGCUCGCCAGAUGCCCUUGGCAAAGAGAAAGAGUCAAAGCCACUACUUCUCCUCUCUAGAGAGAAAUUGCCCGAUCUUCCUCCUGUCCCUCUGUUCUUUGGAAACAAUCAGCAGUCUGAUGCCAUGAUAGAGUCCCUGCCGAAGCCAAUCAAGGUCUCACAAGAGGAUUCAGAGCUUCUGAGGACCUUCACUUUACGUGUUUUCAAGGACAUUUUCAGUAAGGAGUAUGAGGCUAAAGUAUCCGACAUGCCUUACUUUCUCGCUCCAACCACUCAUGAUCAUUUUACCGACCUUCAAAAUGCAGAUGGAGCUAAGUUGGUUGAUUGGAACCACCUUCGAAUGACCAACGACAAAGAGUACCUGGAUUGGGAUGACGGCACCUCAGAUGAGUUCUUCAAAUAUAAGCUCGUUAUCGAUCCUUACGCGGGAUCCCGCAAGUUUCGCUUGAGGGGAGUUCGCAGGGACUUGAAGCCGAUGGAUCCUGUGCCCGAGGGCGUUCCUGACCCUGGCCACAAACCUUGGCGUGACUCGGCAGUGGAGAAGAACAUCAAAGAGUACAGCGUGAGUCUCUGGAUGAAGAGUCGUCAGAAAAGGACAUGGCGCGAUACUCAGCCUGUAGUCGAGGCUGAAGUGAUCUCUUUGAGACGCAAUCUGCUUGACGACUUUGUGGAGGUUACGAACGAAGAGUCCACGGUUUGCUACCUUAUCUUGGAACCCUUGAGGGUCUCAACUUUACCUUUCGAGACAGUCGCCAUGGCCUUCACCUUUCCUGCAAUCAUCCAUCGUAUGGAUCAGGUCAUGAUUGCCCUUGACUUGUGCAGACUGCUGAAGCUCGAUAUUCGGCCAGACCUAGCCCUCGAAGCUGUCACCAAAGACUCCGACAACAGUGACGAGCAUGAUGCGGAGAAAAUCAACUUCCAGGGUGGAAUGGGGAACAACUAUGAGCGACUGGAAUUCAUUGGCGAUACCUGCUUGAAGAUGGCUACAACCAUUGCCCUCUUCACCAACAAGCCAGACCACAGUGAAUUCGAACACCAUGUCGAGCGAAUGCUGUUAAUCAGCAACCGGAACCUCUUGAAUAAGGCUAUCGACCGGAACCUACAGGAGUACGUGCGAUCAAAGUCGUUCAGCCGUCGUAGCUGGUACCCUCAAGGCCUCCGUCUAAUUCGAGGCAAGCAAGGAACAUAUAACGCCAACCACGCUCUUGCGGACAAAUCCAUCGCCGACGUCUGUGAGGCCCUGAUUGGCGCUGCCUACCUCACUUACAGUGGUUCAAACAACUUCGACAUGGCGAUCAGGGCUGUCAGCGCUAUGGUGAAUGACAAGAGCCAUCGUAUGACCUCAUGGGCAGACUACUACGCCGGGUACAACCCUCCUCCGUGGCAGUUAGCGGAUGCCACCAAAAUGCAGCAGGAUGUAGCCCGUCAGGUCAAGGAGAAGAUGGGUUACGAGUUCAAGUCACCCGCGCUACUCCGUAGUGCUUUCAGGCAUCCAUCAUAUCCUCAAGCUUUUGAGCCUCUGCUGCCAAACUACCAGCGUUUGGAAUUCCUCGGCGAUGCCCUCCUCGACAUGGUUUGCGUGGACUUUCUCUACUACAAAUUCCCUAACGCCGAUCCCGAGUGGCUCACACGCCACAAGAGUACCAUGGUCAGCAAUCGCUUCUUGGCCUGCCUCUGCGUUAAGCUGGGUCUUCACAGACACAUCUUAACUGCUCAGGCCUCUUUGCUGAACCAAACUCAAGAUUUCGUCGCCUUGCUUAAGAUUUCUGAACAAAACGCCAGAGAAGAGGCUCAACAACAAGAACCCAAAGAAGCUACUGAGGGAAAGAUGAGCGAUGGAUCUGCUCAGAGUCAGCAGGUCAAGGCCGCAGAAAACGCCUCGGUGACCUACUGGCAGCAUAUAGAAGACCCGCCCAAAUACCUCUCCGAUGUGGUAGAGGCGUAUAUCGGCGCCGUCUUUGUCGAUUCUGGCUACGACUACGGUCAAGUCCGCGCCUUCUUCGAAGCGCACGUCCGCCCCUUCUUCACGGACAUGUCGCUCUACAGCGACUACGCCCUGAACCACCCGGUCACCAACGUCUCCCACAUGUUACGCAACUAUUUCGGCUGCGAUGGGUGGCGUCUGAUGACCAGCGAGGUCGUGCCCCCUGUGGAGGCGGGCGCCGGCGUCAUCACCGACACCCAGGUCCUCUGCGGCAUCAUGAUACACGGUCAAGUCUGUUUUCACGCGACCGCUGCGAGCGGCAGGUAUGCCAAGGUUGCGGUCGCCAAAAUGGCUAUCGCGAAAUUCUCCGACAUGGACAGGCAGGCGUUCAAGAAGGAAUUUGCUUGUGAUUGCCAGGGCGUGGAGGGUGAAUGUGACACUGCUGAUCAUGGUAUGGCCGCCUGA